UGUGUAUUGUUUAUAUUUUAGCAUACAGUAUAUAAAUAUUUUUGGAAAAUGGAUGGUAGCUUAGCUAGUCGUUUAAAACAAUUUGAUGCAUAUCCAAAAACUUUAGAGGAUUUUAGAGUCAAAACAUUUGGUGGUGCAUUAGUGACUGGAAUCAGUUCGUUUAUAAUGUUCAUACUAUUUAUAUCAGAAUUUAAUUAUUAUUUAACUACAGAGGUCCAUCCAGAGCUUUUUGUAGAUACAACUAGACAUCAAAAACUAAGAAUAAAUAUAGAUGUAUUUUUUCCAAAAUUGGGCUGUGCAUAUUUAAGCAUUGAUGCAAUGGAUGUGUCUGGUGAACAACAGUCUGACUUAGAGCAUAACAUUUUUAAGAAAAGAUUUGAUGAACAUGGCAAGCCCAUCGAGACAGUAGCAAAAAAAGAAGAACUUGGAGACAAAAGUGCAGAAGCUUUAAAGGCUUUAAAUGCUACAGAAGACCCAAAUAAAUGUGAAAGCUGCUACGGUGCUGAAACUACAGAGCAUCCCUGUUGUAACACUUGUGAAGAAGUAAGAACAGCAUACAGGAAGAAAGGUUGGGCAUUUAGAGAUCCAGACAGUAUUGAUCAGUGCAAGCGGGAGCAUUGGAAGGAUUCUUUUCAAGAACAAAUGAAUGAAGGUUGUCAGGUGUAUGGAUACAUAGAAGUCAGCAAAGUAGCUGGUAAUUUUCACAUUGCUCCUGGUAAGAGUUUUCAACAGCAACACGUUCAUGUUCAAGUCCUUACACUUGGAAAAGAUGGGAAAUUAUCAUUGAAUCUUCAUGAUCUGCAACCAUUUGGUGCUAAGCAGUUCAAUGUGAGUCAUGAUAUUCGCACUCUAUCAUUUGGAGUUCCCAUACCGAACGUUCAGAAUCCCUUGGAUGGCACAAACGUCAGUGCUGAGUCAGGUUCAUUGAUGUAUCAAUAUUUUGUCAAAAUAGUUCCAACUGUUUAUAAAAAAUUAUCAGGCGAGGUUGUUUGGAGCAAUCAGUAUUCUUUCACGAAACACAGACGACCAGUACGUCAGAUGAGCGGAGAACAUGGAUUGCCAGGUUUCUUCGUGUUAUAUGAACUUUCACCCAUGUUGGUACAGUAUACUGAAAAACGAAGAUCUUUUAUGCAUUUUUUAACUGGUGUCUGUGCAAUCAUUGGAGGAGUGUUCACAGUUGCUGGCUUAAUCGACUCUAUGAUAUAUCAUUCUGCUAAAGCCUUGAAGAAGAAAAUCGAUCUUGGUAAAGCCACUUGACGUGUGUUUAUUUUCGACAAGAUGAGCACGUAAUAACGGCGUUGUACGUCGUAAAAGUAAAACAUUCCGAUAAACGAUUGAUUCAGUUUGCUAAAGACGCUUAGCCAAUGUUGAGAAGAAAUGCAUUCUGUUUUAUGUCUGAUGAGUUCAAUAGAUAUUUUAUCCGUCAUCUCAGUUUUACAACAUUGCGCAAUCAGUCUCUCGCUUUUCUCUAAGACUAGGAAUUUGCACACCUAAUCCCUAGGUUUUUAAAUCUCGCGAAAUUUUUAAUUUUUAAGACUUGAAAGAAGGAGAUGAUAUAAAAGGCUCUGUGGGCGAGUUUUUAUUUUUUAUUAUCGCUAUUCUAAAACACAUUGGUUUCACGAUGUCGAGAUGAAAGUUUUUUUCCUAAAUUAUUAUUUUGUGCCUAGUCUUUUAAAUUAGCACCUAAAAGAUAGAAGUAUUAUUUUAAGCAUUUUCAGUAUGAAAACAGCCGUCACUUUUUUGGGGGAAUUUUAAUGUUGUUUUAAAAGAAAAAUUUCGUGGCGAAUGUGUUA